CUUGAUGUUUAUAAGUGAUCAAUAACAAAUAGUCAUAUCUACAACAGCCAAAAAUAGUUAGAUUUAACGUUCGAUAGGCCAACGGUGAAGAUAAAUAAAGCUGUCUGUGUCAUGUUUUUAAAAUUGGACUAAAACUGAAAAUUUAAUCAAAAAACAGGUACCACUUCUGUAACUUACUCUUUAGUUAAAAACCAAACCAUAACGACCACCCAAAAAAGAGCUCCCAUCUAUCUCUCACUCUUCCAUGGCUUCCAAGCUAUCAUCACUCACUCCCAUUACAGACCUUACAAUCCACAGAAGCCCGAAAUUCCACACACAAUUUCUUCAAACCAGCCUUGUUUUCCGUUCCUUUUCAUCAUCAUCAUCAUCGCUUCAUACAAAACUUCAUAGUUCAGAGCUCAAUUCAAGGCGGAAUUCAUUUGUUUGUAGCAAUUCACUGAAACAGGAAACAGUUCAGAAUCCUACCGAAUCUCCUUCACCUCUUACUUCGUCUAAUAAGCUUGUUCUUGUCACCGGAGGCACCGGAGGAGUUGGACAAUUAGUGGUAGCGUCAUUGCUAAAUCGGAAUGUUAGAUUGCGCCUGUUACUCCGAGAUCCAGAGAAAGCAAAAACUCUAUUUGGAGAACAUGAAGAGGAGAAAUUGCAGGUGAUGAAAGGUGACACUCGAAAUGCAGGGGAUCUUGAUCCAUCAAUGUUUGAGGGUGUGACUCAUGUUAUUUGCUGCACAGGCACUACUGCCUUUCCAUCAAGGCGAUGGGAUGGAGAUAACACCCCCGAAAGAGUAGAUUGGGAAGGCGUGAGAAACCUUGUGUCAACACUGCCUCAAUCCUUAUCAAGAAUCAUCCUCGUUUCAUCAGUAGGAGUAACCAAGUCUAAUGAACUACCAUGGAGCAUCAUGAAUCUUUUUGGUGUUCUGAAAUAUAAGAAGAUGGGGGAGGAUUUUGUUCGUAACUCUGGCAUUCCUUACACAAUAAUAAGACCUGGUAGGUUGACGGAUGGACCUUACACGUCAUAUGAUCUAAAUACUUUGCUCAAAGCUACAGCAGGAGAAAGACGAGCUGUCCUUAUUGGUCAAGGAGAUAAACUGGUAGGAGAGGUUAGCAGGCUGGUAGUUGCUGAAGCUUGCAUACAAGCAUUGGAUAUAGAUUUUACUGAAGGUCAAAUAUACGAAAUCAAUUCAGUCCCAGGUGAUGGACCUGGAAGCAACACAGAAAAAUGGAAAGAAUUAUUUAAAGCUGCUCAAAUCCAAUAACAGGUGUUAUUUACUUAUUUACCUUGUUCGGUUAUGUUGUAAUUAAGUUUUAAAAUUGUAUAUUGGUACAAGUUAUAUUACAUAUUUAUAAAAAAAGUAAGGAAUUAAUUAUUCGGUUGGUGGAGAUGAUUGUUUAACUUUUACAUAAAUCGUCCCCAUGGUUUACACAAAAUUGCAAGUUUUAUCAAGUUUUUGAAAUCUUCACCUUUUCUUUUACAGAUUAUAUAUUUGUGAAUUUAACUAGAUACAUUAGAGGGGUGAACUUGUGCAACACAAUUGGAUCUGCUUAGGUUUAAAUCGGGGACCACCUCAACUUCCGUAUCCGGCUACAAAAAUUGUAAUAAACGCCAUAAGAUAUAAUCAACAAUCAUAACCAAACAAAAAAGCUUCCCUGCCCAUGCACCACAUGUAAUUUACCGAGAGAGUCUUUCCAAGAGGGUUUGAUCGGGACAUUUUAAGGCACGAUCAUACACAAUCUCUGUUCUUUUGGCAACAUCUU